CGUUCUUGUCUUGUCGGGUCACCUAUCUCCCGCUUGCCUCAUGGAAACUGUUGGCUUGCUUAUCUGUCCUUAUUGCAGGACUGGUCAUUGGUGCCACUGUCUUUUUACUUAUCUUGCAGGCACGUCAUUGACACCAAGCCAUCGCGGAUGCUUUUCUUCCUGAGAGAUGCUCGAGAGGAUAAGAAGUCAAUGUAACGUUUUUGCACCUUGAUCACGCGCUAGUGCCAUGUCUUCCGAAACUAAUGCAGCGAAGAAUCCAGACGAAGUUGAGAAGAGCUCGCAGCUUCACGAGAACUACAUUGAGAAGCUCGGGCCGGACUCAAUCAAUACUUCUGACGGUGAUGAGGCUCUCCAGCUCGUCGGCACGCAAGCAACGGCGCAUUUCAGUGAAGAGUAUAACCGCAAGCUCAGGCGCAAGCUGGACCUUGUUAUCCCUACUAUUUCAGCUGCUGUAUACUUCAGCCAAUAUCUGGACAAGACCUCACUGAACUAUGCGAGUAUCAUGGGCUUCCCAAUUGUGGGCCAGAACUACAACUUGGUGUCCAUGGCCUUCUACCUGGGUUACCUCUUUUGGGAGUUCCCGACUGUCUAUAUCUCACAGAAACUUCGCUUAGCCAAGUAUCUUGGCUGCAACAUUGUUGUAUGGGGAAUACUCCUCAUGUUGCAUGCCUCGACGGACAACUUCGGAGCCUUCUUUGCUCUCAGAUUCCUCCUGGGAAUGUGCGAGUCUUGCGUCGCACCGUGUCUCAUUCUCAUCAUCUCGAUGUUCUACAAGAAGGAUGAGCAGGCUCAACGUAUCUCGUGGUUCUACAUCAUGAAUGGCCUAACCCAAGUGUUUGGUGGAUUCGUAGCAUACGGCGUCUCGUUCUAUAGCGGCAAGGCUAUACCGGCCUAUAAGAUUAUCUAUAUAUUACUUGGUGCACUUGCGAUCGUAGUUGGCAUAGUCGUCUUGAUCUGGUUACCAGAUUCCCCCGUCAAUGCUUCCAUGCUGACGAAGGAGGAGCGGAUUGCCGCACUUGAACGUGUCCGAAACGAUCAAGGAGGUACGGAGAACAAGAAAUUCAAGAUGGACCAAGUCAUCGAUGCCCUCACGGACGUCCGCACAUGGCUCGUUGUUUUGUCGACGAUAUUGACGAGUAUCCCCAAUGGAGCUUUAAGUAACUUCAGUAACAUCAUUAUUAAAAGCUUCGGAUAUUCAUCAAAGCAAACCCUGAUCCUCGGCACUCCUGCGGGAAUUGUUGGUUCCGCGAUGGUGAUUUUCUGCGGAUGGUAUUCCGACAAGAAGGGCGAGCGGAUGAUACCCAUCGUGUUUGCAUUGGUUCCUACCAUUGUCGGUUCAGCCAUCCUUAUUGGCUUGAGCGGAUCCUCAAACAAGGGUGUUCUUCUCUUUGGGACAUACCUUCUUGGUACCUUUGGCAGUGCUCUCUCCACGAUCUACGCAUACAACGCAAGUAACACGAGUGGCCACACCAAGAAGGUGACGAUAAAUGCAAUGACGAUGGCCACUUUCAGCAUCGGCAAUAUUAUCGGGACUGAGAUAUUCCAGCCUAAAGAUGCGCCAGCCUAUAUUCCGGGAAAGACUGCGAUCAUGGUCUUGUUGAUUGUACAACUGCUCAUCUCGUUUUUACUACGCCAAAUCAACGUCCGCUUGAACAAGAAGCGGAAAGCCCAGCUAGAGGAAGAAAAAGCGCGCCGGGGUUGGACUGAGGAUGAUGUGCAACGAGAGAGGGAGCGUCACGCAUUUGCUGACCUCACUGAUAGACAGAACAUUUUCUUCGUAUAUGUAUGUUAAGAGGACGAGUGCAUCACUC